GCGGCCGGCGGCCAGGGACGACGACGACAACAACGACAAGACAAUGGCAUCUCUUAUAACUCCUUCCACCUCCAACGUCGACACCUCUUCCACCACCAUCACCGACCAAACAUCUUCUUCAUCAAAUUCCGCAAACAACUUUCAUCUUCUAGAAAUCACCCUCAUCUCCGCCCAAGAUCUCGCCUUUUCCAGAUCCAUGCGCACGUACUCCGUCGUGUCUAUUCAACCCGACCAUAAACUCAACACAAGAAUCGAUUCAAAGGGUCGCACCAAUCCAACAUGGAACGACAAGUUUAUGUUUCGGGUCGACAAUGAUUUUCUCAAUUCUGAAUCAUCCACUAUUAACGUUGAUAUUUAUAACACUUCCUGGUUACGUGAUACCCUUAUCGGUAACGUUAGAAUCGGUAUUAGCGAUCUCAUUCCUCCUUCCGCUUAUCAGGUUCGUUACAACAAUGGGAACAUCUUCAACCGCUUUGUUGCCCUCCAGAUUCGCCGGCCGUCCGGGAAUCCUCAAGGCAUAAUGAACAUGGCGGUCACUUUGUUCCCAUUCGGCCCUCCGGUUUACCGGCCAAAAGACAACGUACCCCCAAUGAGCAGAAGAAUGGAGAUUCAAGACGACGGAGAUGCAGAGCUUGAACAAGAGAAAUGUCGUCUAAACGAGAAGAUUAAUCUAUGGCGAUCGCCUAGCGAAGAUCUCGAUUACUACGACGAAGGUUACUACUAUAAUGGAUCUAUCAUAAACGGGUCAGCAUGCAACGGGUCGAUGGUGAACUCGGACGUGGGGCCGUCGGCUUCUAUAGUGGCGGAGGCUAUAGCCACGGGAACGUAUCAAGCGCCAACAAUGGGCGGUGGAAAACGAAUAGAGAUGGACGAUGGAGGAAGCUCGAUUGUAGGUGAUCUAACGAAGGAUGAGGCAAACGCUAGAGGUUAUAGGACGAGAACAAAGAGAUGGCCGGGGGAGAGUGAGGACGGCAGUCACGUGGUGGUUUCGAAAAACCACCACGGUGGUAGUGGGCGGCACUCGCGAAGGCAUUCCGACGUUGGUUUGUUCUCGUGUUUCGCGUUGGGGUUGGAAUUCACCAUCGUCUGCGGUUCAAACGAUAAUGAAAAUGGAAGGCAGAGUGUAAAGAAGAGGACUGGGGGAGGAGAGAACAAGGCUUUGAAUAGGCAUCACUCUCAACGAGAGCAGCAACAAGAACAAAGCACUUUGUAAAAGAAAAAGAAACAAAACACCAACAAUUUGUUUUUUUUUUCUUUUAAAUUAUUAAUAAUUAAUUUGU